GACUGGCGGAAGCAAAAGAAGAACUCCAAGAAACCAUUCAGUGUUUAAAGUCUCCCCAAAAAUUCAAACAGUUGGGCGCGAGGCCCCCCAGGGGAGUUCUCCUUGUGGGGCCCCCCGGCACGGGCAAAACAGCCCUCGCGAGGGCCGUCGCCACAGGGCGUUUUGACCGCAUUGUGCACGUGCCGCUGCCCGACCGAAGCGCCCGAGAAGCCAUUUUGAUGAAAUAUUUGCAAAAGAUUCCUUUGGGGGCCCCCGAGGGUUUGGGGGCCCUCGAGGGUUUGGGGGCCCCCCAGGCCCUGGGGGCCCCCGAGGGUUCGGAGGGCCCGCAGGCGACUAAACGGGGGCCCCCAGGGGCCCCUCCCGCCAGCAGCAGCAGCAGCAGCAGCAGCAGCAGAAGUGCUGCUGCGAGCAGGAAGAAACACAGCAGCCCCUCUCACGUGCUCGCCCCCAACAGCGCCAGCAGCAGCAGCAGCAGCAGCAGCAGCAGCAGCAGCAGCAGCAGCAGCAGCAGCGAGGUGGAGGGGGAGGGGCAGGGGGCCCUGCACAAAGCCGUGGCUAGCCAGCUAGCCAAACUGACUCCGGGCUUUUCUGGGGCGGAGCUGGAGAACCUCGUGAACGAAGCGGCCUUGCUUGCAGCCCGCGCUGACAAGGGUUUCGUGGGCGUGUCGGAGUUGCUGGAGGCGCGGGACAAAGUGAGCUUCGGCCCCUCGCGGGGUUUGCUGCUGCGCAGUUUGCUGCUGCGGCAGCAAACUGCAACACACGAGGCCGGCCACGCAGUGGUGGCUUUCCACCUGCAGCCAGCAGCAGACCCCAUCCACAAGGCCACGAUAGUUUCCCGCGGCGCGGCUCUGGGGCUCGUCGAGCAGGUAGGGUUUAGGGUUUAG